AUGGGCGCUAAACGUGACCCCAUCCCACCCAACACCUUCGUGGAAAGGCUUUUCAAGCCAUCCAUGGUAUGGCAGGACGAGAGCGGAAAUACUAGUCUGGAGCCGAUCAUACCCCCAGAUGCCGAACACAAUUCUGAUAUCAUCGGGGGCUCGGACACUGAAAUGACACCUUCCGCCCAUGUAAUCAUGGCUGUCAUUGCUCCAUGGACCGGACCUUUCCUGGCCUACCUCACUAGGCAGGAGCUCCCUGAUGACCAGAAUGAGCGGGGUGUCAUUCCCCUUUCUCAUUUGGAUAAGGCAGAGGGAGUGAGAGGUCGAGCGACGGCGGAGGGCGAGGCGAUUCCUGGAGGCGAUUCCCCAGUUUCAUGGCGAUUUGGAGCUCAUCCGCCGCAGGAUUUUGACGGCACCCUCUUCGUUCUCGUCGCCCGCAGCUGCGCUGGUUUAAAUGGGCAAGCUACGGAAAGCUUCUCAUUGGGAUGUUCCCGUAUAUCAUCUUUAGAUAGUGCUGAUUCUGGAGGUGAAGCAUUUGUGCCUAAUGAUUUUGCAGAAGAUGGUUCUUUCCCUGUGUCUAUGGAAUUAUCUGGUGACGAAGGAGGGCUUGACAAAGCUCUUCUGAAGUUCUAUCUUAACCGAAAAGUAAAAUGCCUCAAGAGGAAAUUAUCAUCUGCUUCAAGGAGGAAUGUGAGGCAGAAAAGCUCUAGCGAUUACCCUACUUGUGCUACUUUCACUAGAUAUUCUGGGAAGUUCUUCUCUGGUGUUGUUGAUGGUUUAUGUUCUAGGUAUCGAGAUGUUGUCCAGAGAUAUGGCAUGGGCUGUCUCUUAGAGUUUGUUAGGACCGAGGUGCCCCUUAGGUUAGUGAAGUGGCUCGCCAGUAGGUUUGAUGUCCUUUCAUCUGAAUUCCAGCUCAAAAAGAAAUUUAUCCCAAUGACCAAGUAUGAUAUUCAUGACAUCCUCGACCUUCCAGUAGAUGGUGAGCCACUUGUGUGUGAUGCUGAAUCCGGCCGUGAUUUUAUCCUCUCUCACUUCAACUUGACCAGUAUUCCUCCCGUGUCCUUCUUUGCUAACAAGCUAAAAUCAACCACAGUCGGGUUGCCUGAUGAAGAUGUCUUUAUCUGUUUCAUGAUUGUUGCUUUUUCAUCAUUCCUUUGUCCCAACUCUAGCCUCAGUCCUAGCCCAAAGUACCUUCACAUCUUCCGGGAUUGUCCUUCUGUGCGUAACUAUGAUCUGUCAAAAUUUGUUUAUGAGUGGCUGUUGAGUUGCAUAAAAAAGUUCAAGGAUUCCACUAAAGUUGCUUCCAAAAGAUCAGUGACGUUUGGCGGUUGUCACUACGCUUUUGCUGUAAGUCUUGUUAUUGUUCUUCUCUUUUCCGGAUUUCCUUUUGGGGGUAGUUUUCAGCUUGUGUCACAAUGUAGUAUUUGUCCUUUUCUUGCUCAAAGACAUGCAGCCUUGUUGUGUCUGCCAUUUUAAACUGGAAUUUCCUGAAUAUUCCAAUGUUGUAUAGCUCAUGUGCUUGCCUUUCUAUGCUGUAUUUUGACCAAAAUGCUUUCUGUGCAACUUUCUUGUUUCUACUAACAUGGUCGCAUUCUUCUUCCCUGUCAUGCACAACAUCAAGUAUCCGGUCAUACUCUCUCAAAAAGCUAGUAGCACUAAAUUUAGCUCCAACCCCUUUUUUGAAAAGGGAAUUCGUCCCUUCGCUUCUUGCUGUAGUUUGUAUGAAUGGGAAGAAUUUGUCCUUGAAGUACACAGGGAUGAACUUUUUCCUGUUUUCCCACAUGUCGUUGAAGUACUUGAUGUGAUGAACUUGGUAUUUUUCUAUCAUUUCUUGCCAUUGUGUUUCAAAUUCUUCAACUGUCAAGGAGUUGUCCACAAUGUCCUGGAAGUCUUCAUAGAGUCCCUCAUUAGCUUGGAAGCAGGGCCCGACUUUUUCCUCUGCCUUCUUCUUUAUGUGGAAGAGGCAGCUCCUA